GAUAAAAAUGCUUACUAUCGUGAGCCGCAGUCAGUGGUGUUUAUCAUUAUUUAUGUGAAUGUCAGUUUCAAACAAACUCUUUACUGUUUUAAUUAUUUAUUCCUAUAUUUGUAUAAUUAAUGAUGUCUAACGCUAAGAGAGAACAUACAGAAAGUGAUGAGGAUGACUGGGUUGGACCAUUACCUUCUGAAGCUGCUCCACAAAAAAAGCGUAAAGUUUUGGAGUACGAGCAGGUUUAUAUAGAGAACUUACCAUAUUGUGAAUGUUAUGAGAAAUCUUACAUGCACAGGGAUGUGAUUACUCACAUCUUAGUCACAAAGUCAAAUUUUGUAAUAACAGCUAGCUGUGAUGGACAUGUUAAAUUUUGGAAGAAACAAGAGGAGCUCAUUGAAUUUGUUAAACAUUUUCGUGCCCAUUUAAUGGCCAUACAAUCAAUGGCAGCUAGCUGUAAUGGCGUUCAUGCGUGUACAGUUAGUUUAGAUAAAACAAUUAAGAUUUUUGAUGUUAUCAAUUUUGAUAUGAUUAAUAUGAUCAAAUUUGACUUUAUCCCUCUGUGUUGUGAAUGGAUAUAUUCACCAGGUGAUGCAAUAUCUGCAGUAGCAAUUUCUGCUCAAGAAACAAAUAAAAUUUUUGUAUAUGACGGACAAGGAACUGGAACACCAUUGCAUGUCUUUGAAAGAUUACAUACUAAGCCUGUUGUUGCCAUGAGAUAUAAUUCUGCUUAUGAAACGUGCAUUUCUGUGGACAAAGCAGGGAUUUUAGAAUAUUGGACAGGACCUAAAAUGGAAUACAAGUUUCCUAAAUGUGUUACAUUUGAGUCAAAAUUGGAUACAGAUUUAUUUGAAUUCGCAAAGAAUAAGACUUAUCCUUGUGGUUUAGCAGUAUCACCAGAUGGUAAAAAAUUUGCUUCCCUAAGCGGAGAUAGGAAAGUCAGAGUUUUCAACUUCCGCACUGGAAAAUUGUACAGGGUGUUUGAUGAAACAUUGCAAAGGUUUACAGAGUUACAACAAAUGACGCAGCAAUUGCCAAACAUGGAAUUCGGUAGAAGGAUGGCAGUAGAAAGAGAGUUGGAUAAAACAGAAACAAAUCUGGGUAACAUAGUGUUUGAUGAAUCUGGUUACAUGGUUUUGUACAGUACAAUGUUAGGAAUAAAAAUUGUAAAUUUGUAUACUAAUCGAUGCGUUAGGAUUAUGGGAAAGCCCGAAAAUAUUCGUCCUAUGCAACUAGCUCUAUUCCAGGGGAAGUCGAGGAAAACAACAGCAGCUGUAACAGUAGAAAUGGAAGCAUCAGAGAAUCCCACAUUGGAACUCAAUCGUCCUGAUCCCACUCUUUUCUGCACAGCUCACAAAAAGAAUAGAUUUUACAUGUUCACAAGACGAGAACCAGAAGACACAAAGAGUCAGGAGUGUGACAGAGACGUUUUCAAUGAGAGACCAUCGAAGGAGGACAUUAUUUCUUCCACAGAGGCUACUAACAUGCAGAAGAUCUUCGAUACCGCUAUCAUUCAUACAACACUCGGAGACAUUCACGUGAAUCUCUUUGGCAAAGACGUUCCAAAGACAGUAGAAAAUUUCUGCGUUCAUUCAAAGAAUGGCUACUACAAUGGACACGUGUUCCAUAGGGUGAUUAAAGGAUUCAUGAUCCAAACAGGUGAUCCCACUGGAACUGGUACAGGUGGAGAAAGCAUAUGGGGAGGAGAAUUCGAAGAUGAAUUUAGACCCCAUCUAAAGCACGAUAGACCGUAUACUUUGAGCAUGGCAAACGCAGGGGCAAACACAAAUGGCAGCCAGUUUUUUAUUACUUUAACACCAACUCCAUGGCUGGACAACAAGCAUACAGUAUAUGGCAGGAUAGUAAAAGGCAUGGAGGUUGUACAAAAUAUCAGUCAGGUUAAAACGAAUCCAAAGACUGAUAAACCUUACGACGAUAUUCGUAUAGUCAGUGUCAGUGUAAAAUAAUAAUAAUUUACAAUAAAAAUAUGUAAUAUAUUUUUGUACAUCUCUGUUAUAUUCUGUAAUGUUCUAUCUGAGUAUUAUUUCGACUUCUGUUCUCUUUGAUACAGUAAUCCUCUUAUAAAGUUGUAUGUGCCUGUUAAACAGGUAAAGGCGUUUACGGCUAAUAAGUUGUAAUUCCUUGGCAAAAUUAUCCAUGAAUAUCUGAGGGAUCAUUAAUUGAUAUUAACAAUUAAUUGAAUUAAUUUA